CAACUCCAUGGUGACACUGGCUUCCUUUCCCCAAAGGAAUCCAUGGGGAUUUGCUCGCCCAGCUUCCCUCGAGUGUUGGCAGUGUGCGUGCUGCCUCCUGCCGCUCCUCUGUCAGGAUGGUGACCUUGUGAUUUUCGGAAUCUGUAGGCCUCGCGAUCGUCAUUUCCUCGCAGCAGCUCGGAGCGUUGAUGCAGUGCGACCGUCGCCGCUGGUGUGGCCUCCUCUGAUGAAAUUCCGUUGAGCGAGUGACUGCGUUUGCCUCGUCGACAGAAUCACCUGCCGUAGAUUUGCUCAGCAGGGAUUCCGUUCCGACCAGGGAUUCCUCCGACGUUCACCAGCCAUGUCGCAGUACACCCAGGGACCCGGCAGCGGCGAGGAGUCGGCGUUCAGCAUCCUGGUGGCGACGGACAACCAUCUAGGCUUCAUGGAGAAGGACGAGAUCCGUAGGGACGACUCCUUCGCCGCCUUCGAGGAGAUCUGCAAGCUCGCGCAGUCGCUGCAGGUGGAUUUCCUCCUUUUGGGCGGCGAUCUCUUCCACGACAACAAGCCGUCGCGCGCCACCCUAGUGCGGACCAUCGACAUUCUGCGGCGCUACUGCCUCAGUGACAACCCCGUCAACUUCCAAGUCGUCAGCGACCAAACGCUCAACUUCCCCAACUCGUUCGGGCAUGUGAACUACGAGGACGAGCACUACAACGUGGGCAUGCCCGUCUUCACUGUGCACGGCAACCACGACGACCCCGCUGGCGUGGACAACCUGUCGGCGGUGGACAUCCUGUCGUCAUGCAACCUGGUGAACUACUUCGGCAAGACGGGCAUGCCCGCUGAUGAGACGGCGCAGAUCACCCUGCACCCCGUGCUGCUGCGCAAGGGCGCCAACAGGAUAGCGCUGUACGGGCUGGGGUACAUGCGAGACGAGCGCCUCAAGAUGAUCAUGGAUAACCCGCACGGGCUGCAGUGGAUCCGACCGCACGAGCCUGGGUUGUCGGAGGAUGACUGGUUCAACAUCCUGGUGGUGCACCAGAACAGGAACGUGCGCAUGACGGGGGCGAAGAAGGUGGUGACGGUGGACCAGACCAAGUUCGCAUCAUUCCUGGACCUCAUCGUGUGGGGCCACGAGCACGAGUGCCUCAUCCACCCCACGAAGCCCGAGCCGGCCAAGUACUAUGUAACGCAGCCGGGGUCGUCGGUGGUCACACAGCUGUGCGAGGGCGAGGCCAGACCCAAGCAAGUGCUCUUCCUGCGCGUCCAGGGCAACCAGUUUGAGUCGCACAACAUCGCCCUCACCACACCACGCCCCUUCCAAUACGCUGAGCUGUGUCUGCGGGAGGCGGAGGGCGUCAACCCCAGCGACCCUGAGGCGCUCUCGCUCUUCCUCGCAGCCAAGGUGCACGAGAUGAUAGCGGCGGCGGAGCGGCAGUACCGGGAGAGGUGCGCGCAGCACACGGUGGAGGGGCAGGCGGGUGGGGCUGGGGUGGCAGGGGGGAGUGGCAGUGGCGGUGGCAGGGGCAGAGAGGGGCCGGUUCCGCUUCCCCUCGUGCGGAUUCGGGUGGACUACACGGGUUUCUCCACCAUCAACUCGCAGCGCUUUGGGCAGCAGUUUGUGGGCAAGGUGGCCAACCCCCACGACAUGCUCAUGUUCUUCAAGGCGCCCAAGAAGCGAGACACUCCCGGCGCCAUGGAGGUGGGUGACGAGCGGGCGGUGCAGCCGGACGAGCUGAACCAGAGCAACAUCGAGCAGCUGCUGCGGGACAGCCAUGUGCGUCUGGAGGUGCUGUCGCUGGAGGGGCUGUCGGUGGCGCUGCACGAGUUUGUGAGCAAGGACGACAAGCACGCCUUCAACGCCUUCCUCUCCGCCUCCCUCGCCGACACGCAGGCGCGGCUGCUGCAGGGGGGCGAGGGCGCGGGGCUGAGGGACGACCAGGACAUCCUCAGAGUCGUGGAGCAGCGCGUGCUGCAGGACAUGGAGAAGCCGUAUGCUGCAGCGCUUGCUGCGCGUGCCGAUGGUGCCGCCGAUCCCGGCGAAGCGCGCAUGGAUGAUCGUGGCAGCAUGGACGCGUCCAAGCUGGGGGAGCCGUUUGGGGACAAGGAAGGGGAUGACGAUGACAGUGGUGGAGCGGGGGGAAGGGGAAUGAAGCAGGCGACAUUUGACAGCAUGGGACUGAGGGGCAGGCCGCCAGCAGCGCCAAGAGCAGCGGCAAGUGUGGGCAGCACGGCGGUGCAGGAGGAGGAGGAGGAGGAGAUCGAGGAUGACGAGUUUGGCGCGCAUGGCACAGCAGUAGCACAGGGGGGGCAGGACGUGGAUGGAGUGAACGAGGAGGACGAGGAGGCCAUGGGGCUGGGCUCCAGGGCAUCAGCAGGCUGGGCGUCCUCCCAGCGCCCCUCUGCCCCUGCUGCCUCGCCCAAGAGGGGGCGAAAAGGGUCAGGGGCGGGGGAGGGGUGCGGGACGGGGCGAGGCAGAGGGGGGGCGGCAGCAGCUGCAGGGGGUGUGGGGAGGGGGAGAGGGAGGGGGAGAGCAGUUGGGGGUUGGAGCAGCCUGGGCGUUGCAGGCGGUGCGACGCAUGAGGCCAGUGUGCAGAGCAACGGGGAUGAUAGCGAGGCGGAGGAGGCGGAGGAGAAGGAUGUGAGGCAUGAUGAUGCAGAGGAGGACGAGGAGGAGGAGGAGGAAGAGGAGAAGGCACGGAGAAAGAGAGCGAGAAGAGGCGUGGGUGGAGUCAUGGGUACUUUUAGCUCUACACCGUCACAAAACCGCGGCAGCCGAUAUGGAAGAGCGAGGCAAUGAAGCGUUUUGUGCUGUGUUAUCAACGGAUUUUUAAACACCAAGCUUUGGCCACGUAUGGAUAUUUCAUAACAUUAGAUUAAUGGAUAAUGUUCUUGUUUUGUAUUAGUCGAUUUAGUUUCCAC